AACUGUGUGUUUACUGGAUCAUAGUCGAGUGCUAGUAUAAGACACAUUAUUAAAGAGUGCAUUGAACAGGAAAAAUGUCUAAGCAAAGUCUGACGUGCACCGAGCAGAACUUUGUAACCAAAGCCGGUGCUCAGAGAUACGCAUCAGAACACGGAAUAAUUGUUGUCGCAGCAGACGCAAGCCCUCGUGGGUGUAAUAUUAAGGGUGAAGAUGACAGCUAUGACUUUAUGACAGCUAUGACUGGUUCUGGAGCUGGUUUUUAUGUUGAUGCCACUCAAGACAAGUGGAAGAAAAACUACAGGAUGUAUUCCUACAUUACCAAGGAGCUUCCUGCAUUGAUUAACAGCAAUUUCCCCACCAUUCCCGACAAGCAGUCAAUAUUUGGACAUAGUAUGGGAGGUCAUGGUGCGUUGAUCUGUAGCCUGAAGAACCCAGGACAGUACCGGUCGGUCAGCGCUUUCUCACCCAUCUGUAACCCAAUCGAGUGUCCAUGGGGGGUGAAGGCUUUCUCGGGCUAUCUCGGAGCUGACAAAGAAACAUGGAAGGAUUAUGAUGCAUGUCACUUGGUGAGGAAGUACAACGGGCCUCCGCUAAAUAUUCUUGUUGAUCAG